ACUCUGGUUCUAUAUUUAACCUGCAGGCCUGCACUCGCUCUUUCACACGUACUCGACAGAAACGCCGACGGACGACCGACAGGAUGGAGGAGGAGGCUCCGUCCCAUCUCUCUGUGGCUGAACUGGCAGGAAGAUUUAAAGGCUCGGCUCCUCCACAGAACGCUGCUGGGAAUGGAGCGGAAAAACCAGUCAGACGACGACCGCCUCGGACCUUACAGCUGCCCAAACCAGAUGGAGACAACCAGGAGCCUCCUUCAGGUGUGACCUCUCCUCUACCUGCCAAAGCCAAGAGGAACUCUGCUCUAAUAGAGAAGCUCCAGGCCAACCUCGUCCUCUCCCCCUCGGCUCACUCUCCGAAGAGUCCCGGCUUCAGGCUGCUGCCCCCCUCCUUCACCCCGGCCUCCCCAGGCUCCGCCCCCAUUACAACGGUACCCGUCUCAUCCUCAGCGACCCCCACCAGCCCAGUCACCGUCGCUCCGGUAACCAAGGAGGAGGGCCCCGCCUCCUUCGAAGCCCCUCCCACAGCGUCGGAGGGAUCCAUCCUGUCGAGCAUCAACAAGGGCAGACCUCGUCACUCCAUCCGACGCCGUCCUCCGUCCCGCCGCCACAGGAAGUCCAGUUGUGGAGACGACGUUGGUGUCGCCGGCGACGACGCAACGGAGACGCAACCGAGUGAAGCAGAGGACAAAGCAACGGGAGGACAGGAAGGUCCAACAGACGUCUUAACACCUCCAGAGGAACACCAAACCCACGGAGAAGACGAGCCGAAGAGCAGCAGCGAGGUGAAGGAGGAAGAAGACGAGACGAAGAGCAGCAGCGAGGUGAAGGAGGAAGAAGACGAGACGAAGAGCAGCAGCCAAGUGAAGGAGGAAGAAGACGAGACGAAGAGCAGCAGCGAGGUGAAGGAGGAAGAAGACGAGACGAAGAGCAGCAGCCAAGUGAAGGAGGAAGAAGACGGACCGAAGGGAGGAGAGGAAAGAUCUCCAUCAGACCCAGAGGAAGAGAAGAAACAGGAUUCGACGGAAGUAGAAACUAAGACAGACGACAGAAAAGAAAAAGAGAACGAGGAGGCGACAUGUUUGGCCCGGUGAGGAUCACAUGAUUGGACAGCAGCCAUGAUGAGCCCCUGGAGGGCGGGGAGGGAGACCCUGCAGCAGCGAGGCCCGAAGGAAAAAGCCUGCAGGGCUGAGAUAACGAGGUUUAGCUGCAGCGAGUUAACGAGACGAUCUGAAGAUCCAGAUCCAGCUCAAAGCUUCUAACCUGCAGCACACUGCAACGCCACAUUCGUACUUUUAUAAAUCAAUAUGAUGUGAUUUAUUCGUUGUUGUUGUUGAAAUGAUUUCUUGCUGUUUGGUGCCUUUAAAACCGUGACUGAUGAUUUCUGGUGUUUAUUUAAAACCACAGAAUGUAAAGGGUCAGCAGGUGCUUCUCUGGAAAUAAUAUGCACCGCUCUGAGAGAGAAAUUCUGAAGCCUGAUUCCAAAGUUUGUUAGAAAAAUAAUAAAAAAAAUGUUGGAUAAAAAAACGG